UUAGUGCUGCUGGGUGACCGCCGCUUGGGGGUGGACGGGCAGGAUGGGUGGAUGACGGCGGGGGAUUGUGCGGCUGUCUCCCCGUCUUCCUUCUCGGCUCCUCCCCUCCCGCAGGGACCAGGCCUCUCCGCCCGGCUCAGCGACAGGAGGAUGUGUGAGCACCUCUCCGGGGGUCACCAGGCGGCGCCACACGGCCAGGUUAUAAAAACAGCUAAAUGGAGUCAGAGCAGCUGUUCCAUAGAGGAUACUACCGAAAUAGCUACAAUAGCAUAACUAGUGCAAGCAGUGAUGAGGAACUUCUAGAUGGAGCUGGGGUCAUCAUGGACUUUCAGACCUCCGAAGAUGACAAUUUGUUAGAUGGUGAUGCAUCUGUUGCAGGAACUCAUUAUACAAUGACAAAUGGAGGCAGUAUUAACAGUACAACACACUUACUGGACCUUUUGGAUGAACCUAUUCCUGGAGUUGGAACAUAUGAUGACUUCCACACCAUUGAUUGGGUGCGAGAGAAAUGCAAAGACAGAGAGAGACACAGACGGAUUAAUAGCAAGAAGAAAGAAUCCGCAUGGGAGAUGACAAAGAGUUUGUAUGAUGCGUGGUCAGGAUGGUUAGUCGUAACGUUAACUGGCCUGGCGUCAGGUGCAUUGGCUGGUUUGAUAGAUAUUGCAGCAGACUGGAUGACUGACCUAAAGGAAGGUAUUUGUCUCAGUGCUCUGUGGUUUAACCACGAGCAGUGCUGCUGGACAUCAAAUGAGACAACAUUUGAAGAAAGAGACAAAUGCCCACUAUGGAAAACAUGGGCAGAACUCAUAAUUGGUCAAGCAGAAGGCCCAGGCUCCUACAUAAUGAACUAUAUCAUGUAUAUUUUCUGGGCCUUGAGUUUUGCUUUCCUAGCAGUUUCUCUCGUGAAAGUGUUUGCUCCUUAUGCAUGUGGCUCUGGGAUUCCAGAGAUCAAAACCAUAUUGAGCGGUUUCAUAAUUAGAGGAUACUUGGGCAAGUGGACCUUGAUGAUAAAAACAAUCACUCUAGUCUUGGCUGUAGCCUCAGGUUUGAGUUUAGGAAAAGAAGGCCCUCUUGUACACGUUGCUUGUUGCUGCGGCAAUAUCUUUUCUUACCUCUUUCCGAAGUAUAGUACAAAUGAAGCCAAAAAAAGAGAGGUAUUAUCAGCUGCAUCGGCAGCAGGAGUAUCAGUAGCGUUUGGAGCCCCCAUUGGUGGAGUUCUUUUCAGCCUAGAGGAGGUCAGUUAUUAUUUUCCCCUGAAAACCUUAUGGAGAUCAUUCUUUGCUGCUUUGGUUGCUGCAUUUGUUUUGAGGUCCAUCAAUCCUUUUGGUAACAGCCGCCUAGUCCUUUUUUACGUUGAAUACCAUACUCCAUGGUAUCUUUUUGAACUGUUACCCUUCAUUCUUCUGGGAGUGUUUGGUGGAUUGUGGGGAGCAUUUUUCAUCCGUGCAAACAUUGCUUGGUGUCGCCGCCGCAAGUCAACAAAAUUUGGAAAGUACCCAGUACUAGAAGUCAUUAUUGUAGCAGCAAUAACUGCUGUCAUUGCUUUCCCAAACCCCUACACCAGAGUCAACACCAGUGAGCUUAUUAAAGAACUCUUUACAGACUGUGGGCCCUUGGAAUCUUCCUCCCUUUGUGAUUACAGAAAUGAUAUGAAUGUCAGUAAAAUAGUUGAUGAUAUUCCUGACCGUCCAGCAGGCACUGGAGUGUAUUCAGCUAUAUGGCAGCUGUGUUUAGCCCUUAUAUUUAAGAUUAUAAUGACAGUCUUCACCUUUGGAAUCAAGGUUCCCUCAGGCUUAUUCAUACCUAGUAUGGCCAUUGGAGCAAUAGCUGGAAGAAUUGUGGGAAUUGCUGUGGAGCAGCUUGCUUAUUAUCACCAUGACUGGUUUAUCUUCAAGGAGUGGUGUGAAGUUGGAGCAGACUGUAUAACACCAGGCCUCUAUGCUAUGGUUGGUGCUGCUGCAUGCUUAGGUGGUGUAACAAGGAUGACUGUCUCUUUAGUGGUUAUUGUAUUUGAGUUAACAGGUGGCUUGGAAUACAUUGUGCCUCUCAUGGCUGCAGUAAUGACAAGCAAGUGGGUAGGAGAUGCAUUUGGCAGGGAAGGUAUUUAUGAAGCGCACAUUCGUCUAAAUGGUUAUCCUUUCCUGGAUGCAAAAGAAGAAUUCACCCAUACAACGCUGGCUGCUGAUGUUAUGAGGCCUCGAAGAAAUGACCCACCCUUAGCUGUGUUAACCCAAGAUAACAUGACAGUGGACGAUAUAGAAAAUUUGAUCAAUGAAACCAGCUAUAAUGGUUUCCCAGUUAUAAUGUCAAAAGAGUCCCAGAGACUAGUGGGUUUUGCUCUAAGGAGAGAUUUGACUAUUGCAAUAGAAAGCGCCAGAAAGAAACAAGAAGGCAUUGUUGGCAGUUCCCGAGUCUGUUUUGCCCAACAUACCCCAUCACUUCCAGCAGAAAGCCCUCGACCAUUGAAGCUUAGAAGCAUUCUUGAUAUGAGCCCUUUUACUGUAACGGAUCACACUCCAAUGGAGAUAGUGGUGGAUAUUUUCCGCAAGCUGGGCUUGAGGCAGUGCCUUGUAACACACAAUGGGAUUGUCUUGGGGAUCAUCACAAAGAAGAACAUUUUAGAGCAUCUCGAGCAACUAAAGCAGCACGUCGAACCCUUGGCGCCUCCUUGGCAUCAUAACAAAAAAAGAUAUCCUCCGUCAUAUGGCCCAGACGGCAAACCAAGACCCCGCAUCAAUAAUGUUCAACUGAAUUCAGUUACCGAGGAGAGAGAGGAAAGUGAAGAGGAGGUUCAUUUGUUGAAUAGCACAACACUGUAGCAAAUGGCAUUGUUCUGUGAUACAGAAAGAAAGCUGGAUUUUUGGAAAUGCACACCGCUAGGAUUUACAAGUUGGUUUAAGAAAGUCCAGAUAGAAAGAAAAAGGAAAUUUCUCACAGUAACAAAGGGGAUGAGAGUGGAUUUCUGCAGUCCUGCACUGGAUGCGUUCUGAACCACUAGAUCUGCCAUGAUAGUGCAGUGGGAAGAUGGAAGGCUCCAAUGUACCCUUCUACUUUGGUAUCAAAGACAUUGUUAGUCCCCAUUUCUGGAGGGAUCACUUUGAAUUGAGCCAUCUUUUGAAGACUGCAAGAAUUUGCCCUUUUUACCACAGACUGUUGUGUUAACUCAUGAAAUGCAUUGUUAUUCCACACCAUCUCUUUACAUUCCAGAAGAGCUUUCAUUUCUCUGUCUCUCUCCUGAGCCGUAACAAAGCCUCUUUAGAAUUGGUGUGCCCUUUUGAUGAUAGUUUCUCAUAUUGAGAUGUACUGUGACCUGCUGAGUUUGAUCACAAGAAGGAACUAUUUCUUGUGCCAUUUAACCUAGUGUUUGUAUAUCAUGAAAUCCAUGGGGCAGUUUAGAUCUACUGCAACAGAAAGAGAUUGAACAGGUAAUAGCUUGUAUGAAGCAUGUCCGAAAUCCUGCAGUUUAGGAGCUGCAACUUAAAAGGCCAAAAACCUAUCUCAAGAGGAGUGCUUCUUCUGCAAGAUGAUAAUGUGACCUGGGCUUAUGCAAUUUUUUUGUAUUAUUAAAAACACUAAGGUAUGUACCAUUGUUGUGCAGUGUAAGGAAAAUGCUGCUAUUCUACUAAGAACUGGAACAACUCCAUAUAAAUGUGUAUCUGAUAACUGCAUGCUUAAACACCAAUGAUUACCCCUCCCAAUAAAUUAAGACUGAUCAUUUUCUGUUUCCCAUUCCAACAAGUGUUCCAUUGCUGACACUGAAAAAAAUAAAUGUAAUAACUUGCACUGGAUGUACAUUGAUUUUACCAUUUUAUUUAUAUGUUUAUGGAUUAAAAAUGUACUAAAUACAAAGUAGUUAAUUGUCACACAGUUAAUUUUACCUUAUAAUGUGAUUUUUGUACAACAAUUCAGAACCUUCUGCAGGAUUGGGCAAAAGUUUUCCAGCAGAAGGAAAAUUUAAUAUUUCUUUGUAAUUCAGUCUAACUUUCUAUUGCUGUAACCUUAAUAUUUGUUUCUAAUCAAAGAACUGGAAUACAUCUAUAAACACUGCAGGAUUGAAAACAUUUUAUUAUGUAACUCUUAUAGCUUGAUUUUUCUUUACAGGAGCUUUCAAAUGUAGCAAUAAGUCAGUUGUAGCUGAUCUCAAAGACUGAAUUGAAAAAGUUUGUGUGGGAUUUAAAGUCAAGGUAUAAAUUCAAAUACUUGAAAAAUUUGGAACAUGCUUCCUGGAUCCAUUAUGUAUUUCUGAAUUUUGAAUACUUAUUCAGUUAGAGCCAAAUGUCAGCCCUGAGAUGUUUCAUCUGUGGCGUCAACCAUAUUAAGACUGGAAGUUGGAGAGACGGUUUUAUAGAUCUGAAUGAUAGAUGUCUUGUAAUGGUUAGCUAUCUCAUCUCUUAACAGUUGGGAGCAUUUCUGUUGGCUAUAUACCAACAAUAAACAUUAUAUACUUAUUUGGGGGACUAGAUGGUAAACUCUGCAUGCAUAGUGAGGAUUGAGUAGGUUUUCCCAAGCACUGGCUCCCAGUUAAUGAGACUCUUCUUGAAACUCAGGAGUUUUCAAAACUCUGCAAGACAGCCCAGGAAACCUGUUUGAGAAAGCAGGAGCCAGAUGCUGUGAUGUGGGUACACAACAUUCAGUGAUCUCUUAGGAUUGUGACUGGAGCAAAUUAAAAACCUGUUUCUUUAUUGCAAAACACUCUGGCACUGUCAUGUCAAAAAGUUUUAAGAAAACACAUGCCAGAAGACCUCUUAGUGAAGUCAGCAGGAGUACAUAACCAUAUUUUAAUAAUUAGAAGCAAGUGCUUGUUUAACUGUGGCCUAAAUACUGGUUUGAUUUUUAAAGUGACAAUUGUUUAGGCCCUAGCUGUUCAAGACUCUUUGAUGGGUUUUUCUGCACUGCCUAAUGGCUCAAUUUGCUUAGACUCCUGUUUAGUUUCACUUCAAACUCAAAACAGCAAUUGAAUUGUUGCUAAAAAUGCUUUUGGCAACAACUCAUCCUAUUCAUUUGUUUCCACUAAAGUAUGUAGGAAUCAUUUUUUGUUGCUUAGGUGGAAAUCUGGAAUACUCUUCAUUUUGGGACCUUUUGGUACUUGUCUAAAUCAGUGUUAUCUUUGUAGAAUUUGGCCUAUGUGUAGAAACUCCUCAUGGGACUUGAGGUGUUUCUAUUUAUUGUCUACUAAUAACUGAAGUAUCAUUUACUAAUCAUGUGGUUUUUAAACCAGAUUUUCUCUGAGUAACGUCCUAAUUUUUAAAGCCAGCUGUUCAGUUUGAAGCUCCCCACCAGUUAGACUAUUUUAGUCUCCAAUGGUAAAACAGGAAUCACAUGAAGUCACAUUGCCCUCAAGCUGCCCACUGUAGUACAAAGUGAAUUUAAAUGUUAGGUCUUCACAUUUAAUAUUUCAUAUAGAUUUUUCUUUACCAGCACGUAAAAUACAUGUCGGCUAGUCAUGAUACAUUAGAUUCAGGAACUGAAAUAAGUGUGCCUGUGCUGUAUAACAAAAAGAUUCACUAAUGAUAAUGUAAUACUUUGCAGCGCCUUACUCAAGAGUUGAACAGGAUAUGGGGGGAGGGCAGGGACAGUGUCAGCAUUUUUUGUUGUUCAUAAAGACUGCAUAAUCUAUUAAAUCUGUGAUAUUUCCUAGAGUUGUAUUAAACAUUGAUCUUAA